AUGCUUUCGAGCAAAAGUGUUUCAUCUAAAGCGAAGAAAUUGAAAGCAAAUUAUGCCAGCGCAGUGAAAACGUCUUCAUCUACACAUGAGCCAAGUGUUACUCUCAUGCCCAUAGUCUUUGCUAUCAAAAUUUUAAGACUUGUGGCUAUACCAAAACCACUGGGCGGAGUUUUGGUGAUCGGAUCGAAUGAAGUCAUAUACUUGAACCAAUCUGUGCCUCCUUGCGGAAUUAGUCUGAACAGCUGUUACGACAAUUUUACGAAGUUUCCUUUGAAAGAUCUGAAACAUUUGUCUAUGACUCUGGAUGCUGGCGCAGCGGAGUGGAUUGGUAGUAAUCAUGUUGCGUUGGGUACAAUGGACGGCAGGUUGUUCAUCCUCACUCUUCUCACGGAUUCUUCAGAAACUGUCAGAUCUCUCGAUAUAGAGCACGUUUUCGAUACAUCUAUUGCUUAUUGCAUGAACUUAUGUUCUCCUGGCCGUCUCUUCAUCGGUUCUCGGCUUGGUGAUUCGCAGCUUCUGGAAUUCAUUGUGGAAAAAGAGGAAAUAAAGGAAUCCUCUCCGGAACCGAAGAAGGCUAAAGUUGAGGAGAAGAUAAACGCGGAUGAGGAUGAUCUUGAACUUUACGGCGAACAGAUCAUUGAACAAGUGAUUGUUGCUUCCGGACAUACAGUCAAUGGUUCAAUCUGUGUAUUGCAAAGGACUGUCCGACCCGACAUAAUCACCAGCAGCUUAUAUCUCAUCGUAUCCCGCACACGAUCUUCUUUGAUUCUGGAGUUAGGCGAAGAUAUGGUCGAGUUGGAGGAGCCGUUGUUCCUUUCGGACGAACCUACCGUAGCAGCGGGAGAGCUAGCAGAUGGUGGUCUUGCUGUUCAAGUGACUUCUUUACGUGUAGCUCUCGUGGCAGAAGAGAAACAACUCCAGCAGAUUGAUUUGGACUCCAACUUCCCCGUUGUUGCUGCAUCAAUAGUUGAUCCAUAUGUGGCAUUGCUGACUCAAAACGGUCGAUUGAUGUUGUUCCAUCUCGUGUUGAACCCUACUGUGCACCUACAGGAAAUUGACAUAUCGAACACCGCUUUUGCGGAGAAAACAGUCCACCACCGGGCACCUUUGACAGCGCUCUCAAUUUAUCGCGAUAUGAGUGGGCUCAUG